AUGGCAUGUCCGAGGUGCGGCCGCCCGCUGCGGGCGCUGGACGAUUUCCUGCUGGGCCCCGCGCGCCUGGCGGCCCCGGACCCGCGCGACCCGCAGCGCUGGAGGAACCGGGUCCUCAACAACCUGCUCUACUACCAGAGCAACUACGGGCUGGGCCUGGGGCUGGCGCUGCUGCUGGGGAGGUACUUCCGGCCCCUGCACACCCUGCUCUCCGGCUCCACCGUGACCCUCAUCUUCGUCGCCUUCGUCUGGGCGGCCGAGAACAAGGCCCCGAUUCGGCGCUUCCGGCGCAGCUACCCCGGCGCCAGCCUCCUGGCCGUGCUGGGCAGCGCCUAUGGCCUGGUGUCUCUCUUGGGGGGAUCGGAGGUCUUCCUGCUGACAGUCGCCCUGCCCAUCUCCGUGAUUCUCAUCCACGCCUCCGUUCGCCUCCGGAACCUCAAGAAUAAAAUCGAGAACAAGAUCGAGAGCAUUGGGCUGAAGAGGACGCCCAUGGGGCUACUGCUGGAGGCGAUGGGCCAGGAACAAGAAGCUGGCUCUUAAGGAGUGAGACGGACACCGCCCCCCUCCGCCGUCCUUCCCACCAGCCCCUCACCGUUGCCUCGGGCCUGCGCUUCGCUACUCUCCUACAUGCCGCCCGCACUAUCGUGAAGAUGCAGCUUCCCCCUGAGUCGAGCCAGGGCCUUGAGGUUGGACAUGGGGAGGGGGAUGAGCUACAGCUAACCUGUGGAACUACCUGCCACAUGAUUUGAUACAGAGGACCAGAUAAUUUAGCCGGGGGGGGGUGGGGAAGAUGUGGAACUACUUGCCAGAUGAUUUGACCCAGAGGUCCGGAGACUUUAGCAGGGGACAAAGGGCUAUAGUUUACAUGUGGAACUGCCAACCACAAGAUUUGACCCAGAGGCCUGGAGAGCUUAACAGGAGGAUGAGCUGUGGUUAAUCUGUGGAACUACCUGCCACAUGAUUUGGCACAGGGGAGAAUGGCCUGUGGUUAACCUGUGGCACUACCCCCACCACAUGAUUUGACCCAGGAGCCCAGUGAGGGGCUGAGAGCUGGGUAACCAUUUGCACAACCACAUGUUUUGACCCAGGGGCAUAGGGAAUUCAGCAGAGGAGAGCGGAGGGUGGUUAACCUGUGGAACUACCUGCCACAUGAUUUGACCCAGGGACCAACCCCCCUAGGUCUGUUUAUGUAGGCCCUACCUAAAUACCCUGUUUAUACGGCAACGAAAGAAACAAGGGGCUGUAACACUGGGAGCGGUGGGGCAGUGGGAAGGGGCGUGUUCAAGGGAGCACUGAGGAUUCAGUGGGAUGCUGCAUCUGGCGCUGAGUAUUUAUCCACAACUCCUCCUAUUUAUUUGAGGAGCAAACUAU